CUUGAACUGAAAAACCAGCCUCCUAGUACAUGUUUCUGUGUAAAUGGAUCGUGGUUAGCUACUCUGUGCACAGGGAAGGAAGAGAAAGAUGUCCCAAGCUAACAGGCAAGGAAGCGCGGCUAACGAAUACCGCAACCAGGAGAAUAUGCUGUCACGGCUCAGAGGCUCGCUUAAAUCGCGAGCUGCUGCAAAUGAAAACCAAGAAAACCUUCCACCUAAACAAGCGGCAAACAGAACCGUCUUGGGGGCCCUGCAGAACAACCAGCGGAGCAAAGCCCAAAACCAGCGCGGCGCAAAGCAGGAAACCUCUCAGCCAUUGUCCUGUAAAAAUGAAGAUUUUGGCAAAAGCUGCUUUGAUAAACAAUCUGCCAAGCAACCUGCUUUCCAGAUCCAUGUGGAUGAGCCUGAUGGGGCCUGCACCAAAAAGCAGGUGGCUGAAUCCAUCAAGGUAAAGCCCACAUUGGAAAGUUCCCCUCUUGGAAUCAGCAAUGCAGUUGCACAGCUCCGGCAGCCCCUGGCUACAAUUGAUAUGCCAUCAUCAAUGGAUCUCAGUUUUGAUUCUCCCAUGGACAUGUCUGUGGUUGAGGGGGAGGAAAAGGCUGUUAAUGUAAAUGAAGUCCCAGAAUAUGCAGCUGAAAUCCACUCAUACCUGAGAGAAAUCGAGGUGAAAACCAGACCAAAAGCAGGUUACAUGAAGAAGCAACCUGACAUCACAAACAGCAUGCGAGCCAUCUUAGUUGACUGGCUGGUUGAGGUUGGAGAGGAGUACAAGCUCCAGAACGAGACACUUUAUCUUGCCGUUAACUACAUUGAUCGCUUCCUGUCUUCAAUGUCUGUCCUAAGGGGCAAACUUCAGCUCGUUGGGACCGCUGCCAUGCUGCUGGCUUCGAAAUUUGAAGAGAUCUACCCUCCUGAGGUGGCAGAGUUUGUCUACAUCACAGAUGAUACGUAUACAAAGAAGCAAGUGUUAAGAAUGGAGCAUUUGGUGCUUAAAGUGCUCUCCUUUGAUCUGGCAGUGCCAACAAUAAACCAGUUUCUCACCCAGUACUUCUGCCACCAGUCUGUUAGCAAACAGGUGGAAAGCCUGGCAAUGUACCUUGGGGAACUCAGCUUGGUUGAUUCAGACCCCUUCUUGAAAUAUCUGCCAUCACAGACGGCUGCUGCAGCCUACAUCCUAGCUAACAACACAGUGACUGGUGGUUCAUGGCCAAAGUCCUUGGCAGAGAAGACUGGCUACAUCCUGGAAGAUCUCAUGCCGUGCAUUGAGGAUCUUCACAGACUGUACCUCAAUGCUGCUCAGCAUGCCCAGCAGUCUGUCCAGGAGAAGUACAAAGGCUCAAAGUACCAUGAAGUUUCUGCAAUCGACGCCCCAGCCAAACUGCAGUUGAACUGACUCAUUUCCUUGUUGUAGCUGUGCAUCCCUUUUUUUUUUUUUUUUUUUUUUUUUUUUUUUCUUGGACUUUUGUGUAAAUUGUGUGCACCAACUUCAAGUAACAGGUCUGCUCCUCUUGAAGUAGUGCUAGAUGUUUUUAGAUUAGUUUUUAAUAUUUUUUUUUUUUUUUUAUAUAUAUAUAUACACUGAAGUCCAUUGUUCAAGCCAGACACUACAACAGUUGUUGGCUAAUCAAGCAGUUUUCAUUGUUUGACUUUUAAUCAGACAAAUGCAGAGGUCUCAUUAAUCUAAAAUGCUGCUUUCAUCUACAGUGUCAAACUCCUCAACCUGUGAACUUAAACACAGACAAUUGUGACAUUUGUUUUUUCUUUUAAACCUAAUGUCAGGUUCAACUAUCUCACCUCACUGGAUGCAGAUUAAAGACCAUUUGUCUUGUCAUGGAGUCAUCGUCUCAUUGCACUGUCAAGUUGUUGGCUUUUGAGGUGCGUUUUUUGUACUGUAAAAUAUCACUUGUAAAUAAAAUCAUUUUAAAGUAA